AUGGGUAGCGAUAACAGCACAUACCCUGCCAGCAACUUAACUUGGCAGAUUCUCAACCAUGCCAAUGAGAACAAUUACGCCGUGGGUGCAUAUAAUUGCUACAACAAUGACGGAAUAAUGGCCGUGAUUCGCGCUGCCGAGCGCAAGCGUUCACCUGCCAUCAUCCAACUAUUUCCCUGGACCAUGUAUUUCCAAGGGCCGGAGUUCAUUCGCUACGUUGUAAGAGCUGCACAUGCGGCCGCCGUGCCAAUCGCAGUUCACCUAGACCACUGCAUCAAGUCAGAGGAUGUGGAACUGGCUCUUUCCCUGCCUUUGGAUUCCAUCAUGGUGGAUGCCUCUACGCUCGACGAAGAGGCCAAUAUCCGCUACUGCAAAGAGAUCGUAGAUCGGGCAGGGGCUCUCAACAUCACCAUCGAAGCGGAAAUGGGCCGUAUUGAGGGCGGCGAGGAUGGGUUGCCAACUGUGGACAUGGAAGCUGUUAUGACCCGUCCUGAAGACGCUGAGACGUUUGUGCGUCGGACCGGCGUCCAUUUCCUUGCUCCUUCUUUUGGGAAUAUUCAUGGUGGUUAUCCGGCUGGCGGGGCAGAGAAAGCAUGGGAUCUUGAGCGGUAUGUACAGAACUACUUCUUUCUCAGAAGACCUCUUGCAAUCUAUGCUUUGGAACUUUUCCACAUACAUGCAGAUCGGCUAACCUUCGUCUGGUGUGAUUCCAGUCUUGCGGCCAUUGGGAAGCUAGUUUCAGGAACUACACCACUCGCCCUUCAUGGGACACAUCCGGUAUCUGACGAGCUUUUCCAACGGACGAUUACAUGUGGUGUGCGGAAGAUUAAUCUUAACCGCACCGUGCGUGAUGACUACACGGACUUUGUGGCUAAAAAGGCUAGUUCACUUGAGUUGACGGCCCUCAAGGUUCAGGCUGUUGAGAUCUACGCUAAAUCGAUUGAAAGGAUGAUGGAUGUUCUGGGAUCGUCGGGACGCUAUUAG